CAGAGCUGCUGUUCAACACAACGGUUCAGAGGAGGAAAUAGAAAUAUCUAGAAACAUUGUUUGAGCUGUGAGUCGGUGAAGGACGAUGGCGUCUGUUAAAGAGCUGCUCGUGGACUCACUGAAGGAACUGUUAGAAGCUGAACUGAAGGAGUUUCAUUGGCGCUUAAUGAAUGCAUAUCAUAAGUGUAUAUCAAAGUCUGAAAUGGAAAAGGUAGAUAUAUUCGACACAGUGGAUAAAAUGGUGUUGUGUUUUGGACCAGAAGAAGCUGUGAAGAUCAUGGUGGACAUCCUGAGAAAGAUGAAGCAGAAUGAUUUGGCUGAACAGUUGGAGAAUGAACACAAGCAAGCUCAGGCUGAGGGCAAUAUGAAGACAUCUGUCCCUGUUGGAGAACUGCAAAACUUUUUGAAAACUCACAAAAACAACAUGAAGAAGAAAGCUAAAUGUAUUUUUGAGGGCAACAAAGAAAACUACACAGAUCUCAAGACUGUUUACACAGAGCUGUUCAUCACAGAGGGAGAUAAGAAAGAUGUCAAUCACGAACAUGAGAUUCUGAAGAUUGAUGAUGUUUUCAGGAACAACAAAACACAGGACAAACCAAUCAAAUGCAAUGAUAUAUUUACUGAACUGAGGAAAAACAAUGAGGAGAAGAUUGUGCUGACCAAGGGAGUCGCUGGCAUCGGAAAAACUGUCUCUGUGCACAAGUUCAUCCUGGACUGGGCAGAAGGAAACACCAAUCAGGAUAUAGACUGUGUGUUCCUGCUUCCAUUCAGAGAGAUCAACAUGAUUAAAGACAAAAAGGUCAGUCUCCAUGAGUUUCUGCUGAAAUUUUAUCCUGAAUUGAAGGACCUGGAGAAUGCAAAGUUAUAUAAGGAAUGUAAGCUAGCAUUUAUAUUUGAUGGACUUGAUGAGAGUCGACUGCCAUUGAAAUUUAAAAGAGAAAAACUGGACACUCUUGAGGAAAGAUCAUCUGUAGAUGUGCUGUUUACAAGUCUGGUCAAAGGUAAACUGCUUCCAUCAACUCUUGUGUGGGUGACAUCACGACCAGCAGCAGCCAAUCAGAUCCCUCCUUGGUAUGUGGGUUUGUUCACAGAAGUGCGAGGAUUCACUGAUGAUCAGAAGGAGCAUCACAGUACUUCAGGAUAUUCUCAUUGA